CGUCUUUUUUUACAUUUCAUUCGUUGCAGUGCAAUAAAAAAUUUCACUUCUUAAAAAUUUUUUUAAAUAUAGUUUUUAGCCAUUAAAAACCGCGUAUUUAUUAAUAAAUUCUAUAUAAAUUGAUACAUUAACAAAUAAGCUUUAAGAUGAUAUAAAAAUUAUGUACAUAUAAAUAAAUUUGUAGCAAGAAAAAUGCAUUUGAAAAUUCUGAAAAAAUGUUGAUCAAAGAUGAAAAAAUUGUGUGACGGGUGUAUGUUAAAAUUGAGAAAAGUGUAGAAAAACGAAAAAGUAUUAAAGAAUAAAAAAAUAGAUGAAUGAAUAGAAAAAAAUAUGAAAUAACAGUAAAUGGAGACGUAAAACGUCAGUUGCUGGUGGAUGUCAUUGUGGGUUUCUUUUGUAUUAAAAUUUUUGUUGUAAAUAAUAGAAAGCAAAGGAAUGUGAACAUGAAAUAUGUAUUAUUUUAGUGCGGGUUAUAAUUAAUUUCUUUAAUUAAUAUCAUCAUUUUUGUUAUCAAUUUAAUUUCGUUUAUUUCUUCGAUAAUACUGAAUUCUGUUGUCCAAUGUGUAAAAGUGCGUGUUAAUUUGCGUACACCAAAGUAAGAAAAAUAAUCAAACAUCAUUGCAAAGCCUGUUGCUUUUAAUUUUUGUCACCUGUUUAAGAGGAGGUGUGUUAUUACAACGAUAUUAUUGCUAUAAUUAUAAAAAUCACAACUGCAAAAACAACAGUGACAUUAACUAUACUUUCUUGAUCUUUGAUAAUCAACCUUCAAUAAUUGUGUGCUGAGCCAACCUGCUAAUUUUCGAGUUCGUUAUUGUUUUGUCGGUAUUUGCUGCUUUCUUGACUGGUUUUAACAAGAAAAAAAAAAACAAAUUAAACUUCAACUCUUUUUAAAACAACAAACAAGUCUUGCUAUAAAAAAUUAUUUUUUUUUGUGUAUAUGUUCAUUUUUUAUUAGUUUAUUCUUUUUGGCAAGACCUUACCAAGUUUCCCACUGUUUUUUUUUGGGUUUUCUGUGGUAUGUGUGCGUGUGAGUAGUCUUGUAAGCGGUUUAAACAGAAAUUUAAGUUGCUCGUUAGUUGGCAGUUUCAAAGCUUAAAUUUCACGCAUCUAAUUGGAUUUUUGUAUAAAGAUUUCUUUGUUCGAGUGGAUUGUUAAUAUAAACUAAAUGAUGUGAUGGCUAAAAUGGCUUCAGGAGAUCUCUCUUUAACCAGUACUAGUAGUCAAGAAGAAGAAAGUCCUGAAUAUGCCGAUUAUGAUCGUACGCUACGACCACCGUCGAACUCUAGCGGCAGUACAACAGCAGGCAACAUGAAUAACAAUGCCAAUAAUGGCAACAGUAGCGGUGGUGUUGGAUCUGGUAAUCCAAAAAUUUAUGACACCAUUAAAAUACAAUAUGAUUCCGCACUAAUGGAACUGAAAACGCUGCGGCAUCAGCAUGGCGACACGGUGCGAAGAUGUGAUAAUCUAGAAAAUCAAUUGGCAUUUUAUCAAGAACAAUAUAAUGCGGCUAUGAAUCAAAUCAAAAGUUCCGAACGCAACAAACUAACGGACGUGGCUGCCGAGAAUGUUCGAUUGAAACAACAGAAUUCAAUGUUGGAAAGAAAACUUAUGCGUUUGGAGAAUGAGAGUGCUAAUCCGCAAGCAGAAAGGAAUGCCAAUUCAUAUUAUUGUGAUUAUAAUGAUGGCAGUAGGGGAGGUCCGGGAGGAAAUGGAACAGCCGUGGGCAAAUGUGAUGGCACAUGUCCGAAAAAUGAACAACUUAAAGAAGAGCUAAUUUUAAGUACGGAUAGAAAUAAUGAUUUGUUGAAAGAGAAGGAAAAGUAUAAAAAGAACUAUAGUGCCGCUUUAAUGGAUUUCGAGAAGGAAAGAAAGUUCUUUUGUGAUGCUCGCGAUCAGUUCAAUAUGCAAAGGGAACAAUUUCAAUUGCAGCGCGAAAUUAUGGACAAAGAAAAUCUAAAGUUGAAAAGUUUAUUGGCGGCGGAAUCCAAUAAAAUGUUAAUGAUUACAAUGCAGAAAGGUCGCAUUGAGGAGGAACUAAAUCAAUUGUUGUCGGAGAAAGACAAUGUCUUGCAGGAACAUCAAAAAAUGUCCGACGACUUGGCGGCAGCCAAUAAAGAGCUUGAGCAGUAUAAAAAAGAUGAAAUUAUGUAUAAAAAUGAACUGAAAGCUUUACAGCAAACGAUAGCUGAUUUGAAAAAACGAGACUUGCUAAAAUCACGCGAAAGUACGUGGUCCAAGGAAUUCUCCGACAGCAAAGAUGAUUUCAAAGAAAUCGAGAAGUUACGUAAAAGUUUAGAAAAAGCUCACGCCGAAGUAGACCGAGCUGCCCAGGAUACCGAAGAAGCCAAGAGGGUAAGGGAUUGGGCCAUAUCGCAGAGAGAGAAAAUAGUCCAAGAAAGAGAUUCGGUGAAAACAUUGUGUGAUAAUUUACGCAAAGAGCGUGAUAAAGCCAUCUCCGAUUUGCUGUCGGCCAUAAGGGACAGUGAGAAAAUCAAGAAGCAGAAAGAUGAAGCUCAAAGAAAAAUAGAUGUGCUUAAAGAACAACUGGAACAAAAUCAAAACAAUGAUUCAUCUUCGCGUCGUAGUUUCCGCAUGAGCACUUAUGAGGCUGAGGAUAUAAUGGAUAUUGAUUUGACCAAUUAUCAUGCAGAUUGCGAUAUUGGUAUUAUCAUAGAUGACAGCCAGCAAAGGCAAUUGGUGUGUGGCGUUACGAAUGUUUCGCCCGCAUUUGGUAAACUGAAAAUAAAUGAUGUCAUAGUCAAAGUGAACAAUUUGGACUGCCAAGGUCUAAGUAAACGCAUGUUAAUUGAUGAAAUACGCUCCUCGGCUCCACGUUGUAAUCUCUUGGUGUCCCGUACUCGUCAGAGUAAGAGACACUUCUACACAGUGCAUUUGAAUUUGCAGCAAAAUCCGAAUCAUGGCCUCCACUUAGACACGGGGGUGUUCAUUUCGAAAAUUGAACCCAAUUCGUUGGCAGCAUUUGAACCUGAACUUGAGCCCGGCGAUAGAAUACUUUCGAUCAAUAACAAAUCCAUGGAAGGUAUACAAUCUGUAGAAGACGUAAUGUCAAUUUUGAAUGAUGAUCGCAACGAAUCUAUAACGUUAUUUGCUUUAAAAAAUGUCCAAGACUCUAGUAAUUCCGAAACCCAAAGAAGAAUGACUACGUCGGCCGCACAAACGGACUCAAUUGAUUCGAUGCACCGUGUGACAGGCACAAAACAUCCUUCGAAAAUAGCCGAAAUGUUAAGUAAAUUUAAAGAGAAGAUUCACAUUUCCAAACCGGGUUCCGAUGGUGAUCAUUUCGCCCAAGAACAUGAUGCUUUGGCGGCCUUGGAUUCAGUAUUAAGUGAAAAUUCCUCGGAGAAAAGUAAAGAAAAUCUCUUCAAACGCAAUAAAAGCAAGAAAAAAGAAAAGGAAGCGGCUGCAAAAAGUAUGGGUACUUGGCCCAGAACGAAUAUAUUGCAAGCAUCACAAGAAAAUCCAACUGGCACUAUAGUGCAGAGGGAAAAGAAACGUGCACCUUUGUCCUUGUUUACCGCAGGACCCAUUAAUGUAGACAAAGAUGAUGAACGUGUGGAUUCAGAUGAGGCGCCGCCACCACCUUUGCCACCCGUGCAAAAUAAACCGCAGGCGCACAUACGCAAUGGGGUAGUGGGUUCUAAUAUCAAGCACAACCCCAAUAGAAAUUCGAAUCCUAUUCCUGCUUCCGUAUUGUUUCAAAAUUCAAAUGCUUCUGCUGGAAAUGGCAACAGUAACAACUAUACAGUUAAUAAUUAUAUGAGACAUUCGGUGUAUGCAACACCUUCAGGUAUGGAGUCGGAACCUUUGGUUAUGGAACAGUCCAAACCUUUGCAGAGACCAAAUCCUAUAAUGGCAGCUGCUCCCAAUAUGAGAGCUAAGCAGACAGAUAAAUAUGGCAAUCCAAGAAUACAAAAUCACAACUAUCAAAAUCGUUAUUCCUUGAACAUCACCCCCACAGAACUGUAUAAAACCACGGGUCAACAAGCCCAACAACAGGUCAUCAAUAACGGCGGUCAACAUACUGCGCAACAGCAGCAGCAAAUGAUUUUAGGAGGGGAUUUAAUAGCGCGUAAACAACAUUUAUUUGACAUGUUCCACAACAAUACGUCACCGAAUAACAAAUCCGCUCCUCAUCCAGCGCUAUUUGUGCCGCUGCAACCACCCCAACCCCCGCCUCAUUCAACGAAUUUCAUGCGAUCAAAUUCUUCUAAUCAACAGCAACAAAACUCUUUAGAUAUGAUAUCUAUGAAAUCUCAAAAUUCAAUAGAUUCUAUACUCUCCACCAAAAGUCCGCCAAUAAGCGAAUAUGCUAUACUUGCCAACUAUCCUAAGCGUGGUAUUCCCAUGCCACAAUCGGCUCCUGGGUCGGCUUCAAAAAAUGUCUCGAAAUAUCCCAGCGAUAGUGAAAGUAUUGCCUCGGGCAUAACAAGCGGGGCCGGUCUCUUUCACUCGUCCAACAAUGGUCCACCCUCUAGACAUAUGCCCUUGUUUCCCUCCUUUACCCAGUCAACACAUUCAGCUAUGAGACCUAUACGCCACUCUAGUCCGUUAACUUUGCCCUCGCCACCACCUCUGCAUCCCGGAAGCGGUGGAUCCGGAUCAAAUGCUCAUCCUCAUCAUUUAGACUCGUCGAUUGGUAUACCCACCUCAUCGGUGGACAAAUUCGAUAUGGAUUACAUGAAUUCUUCAGCACACAGCCAACAUCAUCAGCAAACACAUCCCCAUUAUUUGAAUGACUACCCGCCUAAUAUACCCAACCACAAUGCCUAUCAUCCUCUACCCAGUAUCCCGUCAUCGGGGCAGGGCGUCAUCUAUGAGGGUGGUACUUUUCCUCGCAAAAAAGAUCAUCAGCGUUUACGCAUACCCUCCAACCCAAGUGUAGCUAGUAAAAAUAGCGGUGUUAAAAAUAGUUCUGGUUCCAUCGAUCAUCAUUAUGCCUCGGCCAAUAAUCCAUCAGCCCUAAUGUCAACAUCCAUGGCGCCGUAUCCGAAUGUGGGCGGUGGCGCUAUUAUGACGCAUCAUCAUCACACGGCAUUGACAAAUGUGGCCGCUAAUGGCGGGAAUAGUGGUCGCGGUUCACCUAUGCCGCAGGUUCACGUUGAAGUGUUGUCGCACGGCGGCAGUAAACGCAAUUCGAAUGUGCCGUCGGAUUUUUUAUGCCCUGGAGAUCUUAGAAGAGUCACGAUUGAAAAGAGCGAUAAAUCGCUUGGUAUUACAAUACAAUGUAAUAAUAAUGGUGGUGGUAUUUUUGUGUCAACUGUAGCCGACAAAAGUAUCGCCACUCGUGCUGGUCUUCAGGUGGGCGAUCAACUCUUAGAAGUAUGCGGUUUGAAUAUGCGUUCGGCUACCAAUGAUAUAGCAGCUAAUGUCUUGCGUCAAUGUGGUAACUCGAUAACUAUGUUGGUGCAGUAUAAUCCAGAAAAAUUUCACUCAACUGAAUAUGAAGGCACUCAUAAUUUAGAACCUGAAUCUCCGGUCAAUCAUUCGGGAUCACCAACACCACGUAACUCUCCCCGACCACCCAUACGUCCCAUGAUGGCCUCCUUGCCGCCAAUGAUAAUGCCAGCAUUAACGCCCUCAUCCAAUUCAAUGACACAAAGUGCAAUAAUGCCCCAAUCAUCUUCGAUGAUUUCACAAAAAUCCAUAAAAGAUCAGAGUUUUGCCGAUAGUCUGGAAAAUCAAUCCGAUAUAAGCAGUAGUCAAGAUAUACCAUCAUCAAAUGCUACAACAACUACAACGGCUUCGACCACCUCCACGCUGCCAUACGAGGAAGAGCCGCGUUAUGUAACACUCCACAUGGAUAAGUCAAAAAACCCGGGUAUAAAACUAUUUGGCGGCAAUAAAGUGGGUAUUUUUGUACAUGAUGUUCAUCCGGGAUCACCUUCAGAUCGAGCUGGUGUACGCAAAGGCGAUCAAAUAUUGGAGUAUAAUGGUGUCGAUUUACGUUGUGUAACCGCCGAACAGGCUGCUAAUGAGAUCUCGAAAUUAACCGAUACUGUAACCAUGUUGGUGCAAAAUAAAUUAAAAAAAUUAAAGCAAAUCAAGGAUAAAUCAGGUGAUUCUUUUUAUAUACGUGUGGGGUUUGAUCGUACUGGCGACUUGAAUGAAGGUGAUUUGCGUUUUGUUAAAGAUGAAGUUCUGUAUGUGGACAAUACGGUUUUUAAUGGAACUUUUGGUUUAUGGCGUGCUUGGAAAUUGGAUGGAAAAGGUUAUCGCAAAGAAUGUGGCAUCAUACCUUCACAAAUGAAAGUGGAAGAAGAAUUACGAGCAGCAGAGGUGGUAGAGUGUGAGAGUGGCAGCACGGCCCGUCGAGGCAGCACUUCUACACGUCGUUCGUUUUUUCGUCGCAAAAAACAUCAGCGUAGCUCAUCGAGAGAUUCGACAGAAAUAGCUAGUUUUAGUAACACACAAUUGAGUUAUUUUCCUGACUCAGGCAUCCUCAAUGAUGAUGGUGGAAUUUUAAGUUAUCAAAGGGUUGAACGAUUGGAUUCUCCCGUUCGCCGACCUGUUUUAAUAAUAGGACCACUGUCUGAGUGUGUUAUGGAACGUUUGACUAUAGACUUUUCAAAUCUCUUUAAAUUUUGUGAAGUAACUGCCAUGGAUUGCUCCCAAGAUGCCAUGGAGGAGGGACUGCAACAAAAUAUAUUCGUGGAUUAUCGCAGGCGAGGCAAUAAGUUUGAAUGUACUACGGUGGAAACUAUUAACAAUGCAUGCAAGAAUGAUCGUCGCCACUGUAUACUCGAUAUAUCCAUAUCAGCCGUAGAGCGCUUGCAGCGUUUACAGAUCUAUCCAAUUGUUUUACUUUUACGUUUUAAAUCGGCUAAACAAAUACGGGAAAUUCGUGACUUUGGCACUGAUAAAAUAUCAGCCAAGGCAGCUAAGGAAAUGUACGAGCGGGCACUCAAAUUAGAAAGUGAUUAUAAGCAGUAUAUAUCAGCCGUAAUUCCGGGUGUUAGCAUUAAACACAUGUGUACCCAAAUUAAAGAUGCAGUUGACAAGGAACAGGAUAAAAUCUUAUGGGUGCCUGUUUCAAAUAUUUAAUAUAUAAAUAAAUAACUAUAGACAACGAAGCGAUAUAUACCUACAUACAUACAGCAUACAUAAAUGGAAUAUAGUAUUUUAUUAUUUGUCUACUGUGCGCACAUCAAACUAUACUGUAAAUUAUUUUAUAUACAUUUUUUUUUAUUUUUACUUUAAAUUGCUGUCUAACACAAGCUUAAUAAGUAUUUAAUUUUUUCGUUUUGCUUCUUAAGGAAACGUAUGUGUUUGUUUAAGCUACUUACUUAGCCUUACUUUAAGUUUAUCGCAAAAACUUGAAUUUUUCAACUACUAGUAUUCUUUUUUCUUAACUUUGUGUUGUUUUUUAUUUUUUAUUUCUUCUACUAGCGCUUUAAUUGAAAAGUAUUUUCAUUUUAUUAAUUUUAAAUAAACAAACUAUGCUUUAAUAUAUUUUUUUUGAAAAUUUUCUCUUUAUUGUUUAACAUUUUAAGUUAAAUUUUUUCUUUUUAAUUAAUCUUUAACUAUAAUGUGUUUGCUUUGCCUUUACUUUUUUCUUGUUGUAUUUAUUAAAUUUUUAUUAUUUUAAGUUAUAUUUUCUUUUCUUUUAGCACAUUUACUAUUACUAUUUACUACUUACAAUAUUUUCUUAAAAAAUAUUAUGAUAAAACUUAUGUAAAUUAAGUGCCUUAAGUGUUUAUUUUUCCAAUUAACAAUUAGAAAUUGUUAAAAUUUUUGUAAAAUGUUUUGUAAUAGACAAUAAUAAUAAAAUUUUAUAUUAAUAUAUAUAUAUUUUUCUUUAUAUAUAUCCUAUAUACACAAAAUACAUAUUAUCUGGGUUACAGGGUUCUAUUUUAAAAAUAAAUUUUUUUUUUAAUUAUUUACAUUUUACAUGCAAAACUAUAUAUAUUUGAUGUUUUUAUAUUGAAAUAAACAAAAUGUAACCUAAUAUUUAUACAAAUACAUACAAGAAAUGCUUUUUUUAAAUAAAUUUUUUUUAAUAUUAUUAAA